AUGAGCCAGUCUACCGUCCUUUCACUGGCCACUUCGGCCACCACUCACAAGCCCAGGAAUCUCACACGGCAGCCCCUCAAGUCCAAGCAGCUUGUUCACCAGUGUGAUCCCCAAGGUGUUGCUCUCGUUGCCGAACUUUGCGAACCCGAGCGUCCGGGCAAGAGUGGUCACUUUGUCGUCACCGCCCUAAGUUCGGCCAAUAUUGAUACUGAAGCGCUCGAUUACUUGAAAAAAAGAGGGUGUUUUGAUUUACCAGCACUCGACAUCCAACAAACACUCGUCCAGGCGUACUUCCAUUACGUGCACCCUUUUUUCCCCGUUGUACACGUCUCUUCAUUCCUCAAAACCUUUGAAAGCCCCGGACAGAAUGGGGUGUGCCUCCAUCUUCUCUGGAGCAUCUUCCUGGCAGCUGCAAACUUUGCCGAUAUGACGACCGUUCAGUCGGCUGGUUACGAGUCACGAAAGGACAUGAAACGGGCAAUGUUCUCACGUGCCAAGGCAUGCUCUCUGUUUGCGCUAUACGACGCAGAUCACGAACGGUCCAAGAUAGCCCUGAUCCAAGCGGUGCUGUUGAUGGGUUUCUGGUACUCAGAUACAGAGGACAGACUUGGGCCGUGGCACUGGAACGGCAUCGCCAUCAGCCUUUGCCAGACCGUUGGGUUACAUCGUCAACCUGAUGCCAGCCUCAACCGCUCUCAGAAUGAUUCAUCCAUCGAUCGGGAUUUAUGGAGACAUCUGUGGUGGUCCUGCUUCUUCCGAGAAGCGUGGUUAUCCGUUGGUAUGGGAAGGCCCAUGCGGAUUGACUUGGCGCACUCCGAUACGCCGAAGCCUGAUGCAAGCGCCUCCGAGAGCUUGUAUUCUGGGCUGACCGAGUCUCAACAUCGGCGGUAUAUCCCUGAGGAUUCUAAAGAUCUGUUCUUGUUGUGGGAUGAGUUGCUCUCAGUGACUAGCAUUCUCUCAAGGAUCCUUGCUGUCCAACACCUCGCCAAGCGGACGGUUUCCACCCACUCGGACGUGUAUGAUCUGGAAUGCGAGCUUAGAGGACAUCACGAGCACCUAGAUCGUCUCAAAGCUAGAGCUACUGACCCUAUUCUCACUCUUCAUAUGCAUCAUUUCGAAUUAUUCUUCGAGUAA